GGUUUGUUUUUGUGAUAGUACUCAGUUGCUAACUUAACCACACCACAGGCCACAGACACAAAAGAAGAAGUGGUCAGAACAAAAAAAAAAAGGUCUCAUAAACUCUGGCCAAGAAUCAGAGGGAGAGAGAAAACAAAUAAAGGAGAAUGGGAUUGGAAACUUAAAUUAGAGGUGCAGCACACAGAACAGCACAGCAGAGAAGGCAUGGCGGCGUUUGCAGUGCUGUAAAUCGCGCUUUUGUGAUUGUGGCUUCGCUCUAAUUUAUUAAUGCACCUUGGCACUGGCCGAGGGAGAAUGAGUUGAGGGCGCGAUUAACGCUGCCCCGACACUGUUCCUCCUCUGUCCUCCACCAACAACCCUUCAAAUCAAUUCUCUCUUUAACCACCCACCCCACAACACCUAUUACUACUACUUCUAUCACUUAACCCAUACCCAGAAAAAUCAAGAGAGAGAAACACAGCACAAGCAUACAAAAACCUAAAAUUUUUAACUGAAAAAAAAAAAAAAAAAAUACAAAACAAAAGAUCCCUAGUGGUUGUGUAGUUCUCUCUCACCUCUCUCCCAAAUUGAGAACACAAUUAAUUGAAGCAGAAUUCAUUGUCGCGGAUUGGAGUAUUUUAGUAAUUAAUUAUUUAUAUUUAUAGUUGUGUGUAGAGAGGGUUGUUUGGUUGGAGAUCGAGGUACUGUUCUUGAUAUGGAUUUUCGAAGGACAGAAGCAGUAGAGGAGGCAGAAGAAUGGCGGGUUUAUUCUCACUAGGAGGUAGAGGGAACAACAACAACGAAGAGGAAAUUCCUCCCCCUCCUGAUACCCUAUACUGGUAUAACAACAAGAAUGAUGAUGUUUCUUCUUAUCACCGAGGAGGUGGCUUUGAGCUAUGGAACCAACAGCAGUUACAACAGCAACAACAACACUUUAUGGGUCAGGGUCCUCCACAACCACGGCCUCUCUUUCACCAAGAUCUAUACUCCGCCUUGGGUGUUGGACCCAGCAGACCCAUAUCCGACGAUCAGUCAUCGUCAAGAUCCAGCUUCAUGGUGGGAGGAAGCGGGAGUGGAAGCGGUGGAAUUAGCUGUCAGGACUGUGGGAACCAAGCUAAAAAGGAUUGCCCUCACAUGCGGUGCAGAACAUGCUGCAAGAGCCGGGGCUUCGAUUGCCAGACCCAUGUCAAGAGCACAUGGGUCCCCGCUUCACGCCGCCGCGAGAGACAGCAGCAACUCUCUGCGUUGCAACAAAACAUGGAAACUUCUGGAGACCUUCCCAGAAGGCAGAGAGAAAGAGAUCAUAAUAACCCCACUUCCUCUUCUCCUCUUGCUUGCACUCGCUUGCCUUCUAAUCCCUCCUCUUCAGGGUUAGAGGAGGUGAAUUUCCCGGCGGUGGUGAGAUCUUCUGCGGAGUUCAGGUGCGUACGUGUGAGCUCGAUAGAUGAGGCGGAAGAGGAGUAUGCGUACUCAACUGCUGUCAACAUAGGAGGGCAUGUGUUCAAAGGGAUUUUAUAUGACUAUGGUCCGGAAGGUAACAGUAACUUCUUGGGUGGUGCUGGGGAAAGCUCGUCCACUGGUGUUGGAGGUUUGAACCUCACUACUGGUGCCGUUGUCUCAGAGCCACUCCUUGAUCCUUCUUCUUCCUUGUAUCCAGCUCCUCUUAACACCUUCAUGCCUGGUAGUGGUACGCAAUUCUUCCCUCACCCACGAUCUUGAACAAACAAAAGCCAAAACAAAGCAAACAAACAGAAUUUUUAUGUUGUUUUUAUGUUUUAAUUUACUGCAUCUUCACUCGCCAACUUCGGUUUUUUAACUAUUUAUGAUCAUCUUGUAGUCUGAAAUUGAUGCUCAUUCAUUCCAAUAGGCUGAGAAUGAGAAAAAAAAGUGAAAAGAAAAGAAAAUGCAGACCUGUCGCGUUUUGUUUUUUAUGCAAAUGCAAAUCAUCAAUGCUUAAUUAGUCUGAUAAUGUAUCAUUCUUGGUAAUUAAGGAUAUACAAGUAGAUAGCUAAUGAUAUUUCA